GGCGUAUGUUUGGUUUAACUAAGGUAGAAAGUUCGUUACUGAAAUGUGCGUUUGUUUUGAGGUCGGUCUUUGCGUUAAUAAUAUCUUUCAGUAGUCUUCUUCCUGAUCAUGCUGCUGACGCUUUUAAACCCCCGGAGGAACCUUACGCUGGAUGGGUGGAUAAGAUUACCCGAAUAUUCUUUCAGGGGUUUUGCAAAUGGGAUUGCAUUUAUUUUACUUUCAUCGCAAACUACGGUUAUAUCUUUGAAAAUAGCCUCGUCUUUCUCCCUGGUUUUCCCAUGUUACUAGGCUUAUUAGGUCGUUUGGCUUUAAGAGUUAGUGUACAUUCUCUGAGUUUAUCUUCUUCAAUCCUUUUAUGUGGAUUCUUGUCAAACUUUGUUUUAAAUCUAGCCUCCGCAGUUUUUUUAUAUCGCCUAGGAGUUAUGAUAUUGGGUUCUGUAAAAGUUAGUUUUCUUGCUUCGUUACUAUUUUGUUGUAAUCCAGCUACAGUGUUCUUUUCAUCACUUUACUCUGAGUCAUUGUUUUUCUUUUUUACCGUUUCUGGGUUAUAUUUUAUGUAUGUCAAGAAGAUCUUAUUGUCUUCUUUGUUAAUCGCGUUUUCUGUUAUGUGCAGAAGCAAUGGGUUGCUAAACAUAGGAUAUUUAGGUUACUUCAUGGUCGUUCGUUCAAACUUCCGGGUGCUAAUAUGGAUAGAUGAAGUUCAAAAAACCAGAAAGUCCUUCAUAUCUUUCUUGCUCUUGUCCAUCAAGUGGUGGGUCAACGUUGUUGUUUUCUUCAUGCCACGCCUUGUGUUACUCUUUUUAUGCUCUCUCCCUUUUUUAUUGUAUCAAACCUACGGUUACUUUUUAUAUUGUUCUCGCGUGCAAUCGUCUCACACUGUAUUUCCGUCAAAAAUUCCUGUACCACUGCUUACCUAUGGCCUGGACCAUGGCUUCUCAAUACCAGUUCGCCUUACAAACGAAUCUAGUUCUUCUCACUUACCAGUUUGGUGUUCGUUUGCACCGCCAUUCUCAUAUUCUCAUAUACAAAAGAGUCAGUGGAAUGUUGGGCUGUGGGGAUAUUACCAGCUACGGCAAAUUCCAAAUUUUAUUCUGUCCUUACCCGUAGUUACUUUAUGCUUUAUAUGUGCGAUUAUGUUUUACCGAAGAGCUCCAAAAGCAUAUAGAACCUUUGGGCUAUGUGCAGAAUGCGAAAUGGACCGUAUCAUGGUGCCGUAUGUGUUUCAUAUGCUGUUUUUGUGCUCUUACGGGGUUCUCCACAUAAAUGUUCAAGUGAGUUGUGCUUUUAAUUUAAAAUUUUUUACACACAUCUUGACAUUUGGCAUUACAAUAUUUGUGAUUGUUUUGGUUAUUUAUCUAAUUCAGUUAUUUAAACAUUUACUAUAUGUUCUUUAAUGCGGAUAGAAUUUUUCGCCAAGCAUUCGUAACUUGAUAUUGAAUGAGAUUCGCAAAUAUCAUUCCGCUCAUUACUUCCAGCGGAAAUUUUUGUGGGUAGCUGAUUAUUCUUACCAAUAUGGCUCAUUUGACAGUCGUAAAGUUACUCGAGUUUUAUAGUUAAGUAAACAAUGUUAUGCGCUUGUUAUCGAAGUAUUUUAUGAUUUCGAAAUAUGUUAGAGUACUUACUGGCAAGUAAAUUUUUACCGAAGAGUACUUUUAUUUAUUUAAGUUUGUUUAAUUAUAUCACUUGACCUAAUGAAUUAACAGAAGUUGUGCUACCGAAACUAGUAAUUCAUUGUGUCUAGUAGAUUCAGUACUCUGGAGGUGAUUGGGCUUUAUAUUAUGGUUAUUAGUCAGUUAAGACGAAAUAUCGAACGAUUGGUUCUAUAUUUUCUGCCUUAGAGUUCAAACUUCGCACCAACUAUCUUUCAGAUGUCCAUGUAACACUAAGGCUAGUGAUGUUAGUAGCUCAUAUUCUAGCGCAUUGAUUGGAGUUAGACAUCAUCACCGUUGGAUGCCCGCUCAGUGGCCUAGUGAAUAAGCGUUUGCGUGCGAAACUGAAGGUUUUUGGUUUGAUUGUCACAUGCAAGGUCGUGGAUACCCGCUGGUGAGGAGUCCAACUGCGAAUCACGAUCAUUUUGUAAACCAAAACCAAGGACCUUACACCUUUAUACUUAGCUCAGAAUGACAGUUAUAAACUCUGUGAACAUGUAUCGGGUCUUAGUUUGCAUGCUUUUGGCUGUUGUUCAGCUCCAUGUUAUACUAAUCAGCUCAUCGCAUUAUGGCAGAUGCUGGGUGGUUAUUUGUGACAUGUCAACCUUCCUGGUCGAUGAGGUUCAAAAUCACAGUAACCUGUUUACCAUAACUACUUAGUUCUUAAGACCUACUCUCGAUUUUACUAACUAAUUUGUUUCACUAUACACAUAAGGAGGUUUCAAGGCACUUAUGAUCAAAACCUCCCGACUGUAGCUGCUACCUUGAUGUGGUGUUCGGGCUUGCCUGUUGUGAUGACCCAAUCGGGCUAUAUUGGCUGGAACAUAUGUUCCUGUAGGUUCUACCAUACCAGGCAGGUCGAUUAAAGAACGGUAAGACUGAUAGGGAGUGAAGUAGUUGAGCGUGUCGACCGCUUCACUUACUUUGGGAGUCUAGGGGUGGCCAGACCAAAACAUGGUACAAAUCUAUGAAGCCACUGACAAGUGGACUGAGCCAUUUUGGUAGGUUUAGAAUACCUGGUUGGGAUCCGCAAGACGAUAGCAACCGAUGGUUAUAGACCUUGAAUGACAUGGCUCAACAUCGUUUGCGAUGGCGCAGGUGCAUCCACUCUUUAUGUUCUUCCAAAUUCUAAUCUUCUGAAUUCUUCAUGUCCCUUUCUUUUUUCCUCUUUCCAAAUUUAUUUCACUGGAUUAUACUCUUUAAAUAACAUCUUCAAACCCUAAUCUUUCAGAUUACUGCUUAUAAUCUUACUACCUCUACCACUAUGGGAUUUGAGUCGGCGACUGCAUCUCUGUGCUAAUGUGGUAUGGCAACUUGAACUGAUGUAUGUACUUACGAAGCUCUACGUUGUUACUGACUGACUGAUGAUCAAAACCUAACAACCUAUACCAUGUACCCUUGCCGUCGUAGACCAAUAGUGGGCGAGCUACUGUUCAGUAUAACCACUUUGAUAGUCAGAUAAAUAUCUCAUCCUCCCUUCAGGUAAUACAAAUCGACAAAACCCGAGCGUGGUAAGAUUCUGUCAGCUGCUAACCCAUCGAAGCUGAUAGGAUGAAAUGGUUAAAGUGUUUAGUAUGUUCCAUCCCGCUACCCGAAAUAAAGGUAACGGUUAUUUUGUUUAUUUUUAACUAUAAUUCUUAACUAGAAAGUCCAAUUAGUUGGUCAGGUCACUUGUAAAGCGUAUAUAAGUGGUUAUAUUUACUUGUACACAUAUCAACCAAAUAGUUUUUCACUACUUUCAUUGAAUGACUCACAUUCGCAACUCCUAUAUAUUCAUUCUCAUUUAUUUUUCUGUUUCAUAGGUGUUAACACGUAUGAUAUUUUCAUCCUGUCCUGUUAUCUACUGGUUUUGUGCAUAUCUUCUUUGUGAAACGUUGCCUAAUUUCGAGCCAUUAAUAAUGAAUAAACACUAUAGUAAUUCUCUGAUCAAUAUUCGAUUUGAAUUGUAUCAUUAUUUAGUAGAUAUUUAUAAAGCAUUAAAUCCUUUUCAAUAUCAUUUAGUAAAACAUCGUAUUGUGCUUUGUUAUUUCUUAAGUUAUGCUAUUAUAGGCUGUAUUUUACAUCCUAAUUUUUUACCAUGGACAUAGUACCCCUUUUUUUUCUCUUUUUGUGUUUUCUAAUAAGAUUAAUCAUUAUAAUAACUAAAAUGGUUUAAAAUUUUAAUUAACCAGUAUCUUGUGGUCAAUUGUUAGAUUUCUCCUGUAGAUUGGUAAGACAAUUUGUUUAUAUUUAGUGUCUAUUUACUGUCAAAUGGUACAUGGUGUAUUUUGUAUGUGUGUUUGUGUGUGUUUGCAACCUUUUCUUUCUUGUAUCAGAUUGGAUUUUUAUUAUCAACCGAUUACAUAACCUUGUCUUUAAAUCUGUUAUAUCUUUUACUCUUGUUGAUCUUCUAACUCUACUGUGUUAAAGAAAAUAUUGUUAAACUGAACAAUAGCCAUUCAGUAAGUCAGUCAGUCAGUAACAACGUAGAACCUCGUACGUACGUACAUCAGUUCGAGUUGCCAUACCCCAAUAGCCAUUUGUUUGGUACUGAUAAUUUUUAUUUUUAACUACAAAACUUAUAAAUUAGUGUAACGCUUCAGUAAAGAACUAAUUGAAGAGAAAUAUUUCUUCACUGAACUUGUGUUUUUGAUAGUUAAGAUUGAUUAAUAGUUAUAUGUUGGAGAUAAUGGUAAGAAUCCAGAAUAAAGGAGGUGAUGUUACGGUUGCUAAUAGUCAGAUUUCCAGAAAGAAUUAUGGAAUUGUGAUGAAGAUAGUAAAUUAUUCUAUAUUUAGAACUCAAAUUAAAUCAGUAUUUGAACACUAAUAAGACUUUAUAAGCGUGAAAACUUAAAAGGGUUAUUCGAUUACAAUCAUAGUCACCAUGGCAAGUGAAAGGUUCACCGCCUUAUUAAUUAUUUUGAAUGUAUGGCUAAAUUUGAUUUUGUGUCCAUCAGGACCCUGACGAUUGAACUUGUUUGGAGUUUACUGACUUUCAGACAGGUCCCUUGGAAUGUGUUUAAGCUUCUACCAAAGUUUACGAACACGUAUCUGUAUAAUCAAAUGAUCUUUUUAAGUUUUCUGUCUUGCAUGAUAUCGUUGAUGCUCAAAUAUAAAUUUGACAUGUUCCAACUACACAAUUGUACAAUAAUUUACUAUUUCCACUACAACUGUAUAGUCUUUUUAUAAAAAAACGUCUGAUUAUUAGAAACUAUGGCACUACCCCCUUUAUUUUGUAUUAUUAUUGUUAUUACUAUUAAUAUGUAGAUAUUCGUUAACCUUAACUAUGUUCAAUCAAAUAUAUCAUAUCUUGUUCUUU